CUCCUAUCUCAUGUCUCGGCUUUAGCUCGGCCUACAAGUCUUAUAGAUAAUCAUCCUGACCUCUUCAAAUUGACAUCUUCAGAUACAUCCAUACGAUACAUUCCAACUUCCACUCCGAUGCAUCAUACAGUGUCAAUUGGAGUAGCACAGCAGGUAAGAUGGCAUUGCGAUGAGGUUUUAGCAUCACCUGUCAUCACCCACGUAUCAUCAUCACUUAUCCUAACUGUAAGGUUAUCGUCUUGCCUCAAUAAGUCAAGUCAUCAGUCUGAAGUCUUGUCAGAUUGACUUUCAACCAUAUCCAAUGGUUCUCUCUCACUGCCCCAGCCUUGAAGUUGUGGACCCUUGCACUUGCAGAUAUUUCUCCAGCUUUCGAGCCUUCACCCAUUUAACCACCUCCACACCCCGCACCAAAAUUUUGCGAAAAACAGACAACUUCAUUUCUGAGAUAGGUGCAAGACUCCUUUCGAUGCUAAAUUCGUUUACAAACGUCUACACUGCAUUUUCCGCCAUUCAAACUCGUAGAAGUAACAUGGCCGUGUCUCAACCAGAAGCCAUUGGUUUCUCAGGCUCCGGUGCACGAUUUCAGCGCCUCAGCGAUUUUGAGAAGGAGCAAGAUGACUUGCAAGCGCAGUAAGUUCUCGAUGGAAAAACGGUGAAAUUCGCAACAUACUAUUCAUACAAUUUUCGGAUGUUGUUCUCUGAAUUCAUCUAGUGCAUUUAUGCAGUUAGUCAUAUUGAUCAGCUUUGUAGGAUUGACCAAGAGAAUUUAAAUGCAAAAUUUACAACGUCUCAAAGUGUUUCACCGGCCAAUAGAAGGGCUAAGAUCACACCAGAUGUUGCUGGUAUACUGCUUGAGAACCAAGCAUUGGAGGAAAUGGGAGGGAUAAACUGGGUUGGAAAACUACUUGGUUAGUUCUUAGUCACGAGGCUAUACCCAUUCACCGUAUAUCCUAAUAGCCUUCAGAAUAUCACCAAGCCAAUGCAAUCAAUCCUACUGCAGAAUAUUCAGAGAUUGAAGUAUCCCCACAGAGAUUCACCUGCUCUGUAAUCAUCAAGCAAAACAGCGAGCCUAUCAGUAGCCUGACUUCCUUUGCUCGCAAGAAGGAUGCUAAGCAGUUCAUCUCCAAACUCGCUAUCGACUGGCUCAUCUCCCAGAACCUCAUGCCGUCCACCGGAGCCGUGAAAUUUCCCAAAGCCCCUGUUGCCCCCCAAACUCCCCUGGCAAAAACAUACCGUGCACCACUCUCUCCGCUAGAUUCGACCUCAGCUACCAUCAGUCCACGAGAAAGAAGUACCUCACCGACUUCAUACCCAGGGCUGAUUCCAGAUCUAUGCCGGGCGCUCGGAUUUAAUGUGCCCACCUACAGAAUUGUGCCUAUGGUAGAAGGCUCUCCAGUCUAUCACGGCUUCGCGGAUUUUGGCUCUGAUCCCAGGAUUCUCGGCAAGAUUGGGGAGUUCAGAGACAUCUAUGGCAAAAAGAAGGCGAGGGAGGUUUGCGCGAGAGAGGUUUGGUAUUUUUUAAAGGACAUCGAGAGGCAAAGACUUGAGGGAACUGAAAACCAGGAGAUGGAGAUCAAGAGGAAGAGAGAGGAAACGCGUCAAAAUCCGGAUGUGAAGGGGCAAAGUCAUAUUGUUGCCGGGAUUUAAGUGGCUUUGUGGUAUUUGUUUGAAACGAAUGAUGGUUUCUAGACUGUGAUGGGGUAUUGGGAGAAUAGGUUGAAGGAUUCCAUGUAAGGGUGCAGUUGAAGUUGUGGGAUACUAAACAUUCAGAUGUUAGGGUGGAAUAUCAUUGCAUUUCAUUCAGACAUAUCUGAGGUAUCCCUAUUUCAUCAUACUACAUACUUCAAAGAACAAUUAAGACUCACCUUCAACUUUGAGGAAGUCCCC